CUCUAUCUCGAUUUAAUAAUACAGGAACCGAAAGCGGUGUCGUUUCACGCCUUUCAUCAUACUCAACUACAUUGGCUUCUCCGUGAAUAAAUAGUUAUUACUAUAAUAUAGCAAUAGUCAUCUUCACACUUCAUCACUCUAACUCUUUCUUCUUUUCAAACUCCAUCACUGUCCUUCCUUUCUCCGAUCUAGAAAAUUCAAAUGGCCAAAGAUCCAGUUCGUGUUCUUGUCACCGGUGCUGCAGGACAAAUUGGAUAUGCUCUUGUCCCUAUGAUUGCUAGGGGAGUGAUGCUGGGUCCUGACCAGCAUGUAAUCCUCCACAUGCUUGAUAUCGCGCCUGCAGCCGAGGCACUGAAUGGUGUUAAAAUGGAGUUGGUGGAUGCUGCUUUCCCUCUUUUGAAAGGAGUUGUUGCUACAACUGAUGUGGUUGAGGCAUGCACUGGAGUCAAUAUUGCUGUAAUGGUUGGUGGGUUCCCUAGAAAAGAAGGCAUGGAGAGGAAAGAUGUGAUGACAAAAAAUGUUUCUAUCUAUAAGUCUCAGGCUUCUGCUCUUGAAAAACAUGCUGCUGCAAACUGCAAGGUUCUUGUUGUUGCCAACCCAGCAAACACCAAUGCAUUGAUCUUGAAGGAAUAUGCUCCAUCCAUUCCUGAGAAAAACAUUACUUGUUUGACAAGGUUGGACCAUAACAGGGCACUGGGUCAAAUUUCUGAAAGACUGAACGUCGAAGUUUCUGAUGUGAAAAAUGUUAUUAUCUGGGGUAAUCAUUCAUCAUCUCAGUACCCUGAUGUCAACCAUGCAACCGUUAAAGUCUCUUCCGGCGAAAAGCCUGUCCGUGAACUCGUAGCUGAUGAUGCCUGGUUGAAUGCAGAAUUCAUAACUACCGUCCAACAAAGGGGUGCUGCUAUUAUUAAAGCUAGAAAGCUUUCAAGUGCACUAUCUGCCGCCAGCUCUGCUUGUGAUCACAUUAGAGAUUGGGUUCUUGGAACUCCUGAGGGAACCUGGGUAUCAAUGGGAGUUUAUUCCGAUGGAUCUUACAAUGUACCAGCUGGACUGAUCUAUUCAUUCCCUGUCACAACUCGCAAUGGCGAAUGGGAAAUAGUUCAAGGACUCUCAAUUGAUGAGUUUUCAAGGAAAAAACUGGACUUGACAGCAGAAGAGCUUUCUGAGGAGAAGGCUUUGGCUUACUCAUGUCUCUCUUAGAAUGCUUGUUUCCUUGAGUAGUGUCAAUGGAGGUUCCAUUGUUUUUCAAUUCUCAAUUUUGAAUAAUGUAUCUCUAAGACAUUGAGAAACUAUUGAUGGUGGAUGGUUUUGCCUUUUAUGCAAAUCAUCACUUGUAUUGUAACUCUAAUUAAGCUCUUCUAUUAGGAUGCUUGAGCAUAUGCCAUUUGAAUCAUGAUUAAUGAUAUCAUUUGAAUGUUGUUGUAAUCGGAAUAUAUACAAAGUCUCUUUGGCGUGGCA